CAAAGCGAUACAGUUUUCCCUGUACCUAGCAGGCAAAGCAGAAAACUGGUACUACUCACUAACAGAGGAGGUACAAAACAAUUUUGAAACUCUUAUUAUCGAGUUUAAGGACAGGUUUGUUCCAAGUGCAAUAUCGAGGCCGAGACUGGUAAAGGAGUUUCUGGAGGGUCGGCAAGGCAAAGAUGAAGUCCGCACAUAUAUAGAGAAGGUCCAAACCCUAGGAAACGAUUUAGGCAGAGGUCCACAGGAAGUCCAGGACAUUGUCCUAAAUUGAUUGAAUGAGGAGGUAAAGCGUUUCAUUCUGGGGAAAGAGCCACAGUCUCUGCAGGACAUUAUAAAAUAUGGUUAUAUGUGGGAGUCAGUGAAGGGCAACAAUACAGUGGACUUAGCCAGCUAAGUCGUUGAACUCCAACGAGAAUUAAAAGAACUGAAAGAGACAAGCACCUUAAAUUCUGUGAGAACUGGAGACAGACGGAAAAGGUCAGAUGGUCAGAGGAACUUUGAACGUGGCAAAGGAGAACCGUGCAGGCAUUGUGGUGAGCACCGACGUCUUGCAUACGAUUGUAGGUUCAAAAAUGCAAAAUGUUUUGGAUGUAAUAAAUCAGGCCAUAUAAACUCAUUGCCCCCUGUUGACGCAUUUGGGCGUCAGUCUUACCCAUCACUGUAUCCCGACAGCGGCGGCCAUGAUGGAUUUCCCGAGAGUCGCUUAAAAGUGACAAUUACGAUAGGUCUAAAAUACUUGCUACGGUGGUUUUGAUUGGUUGAAUCUUUGUAAGAAACUAACACAGGAGGUAGGUAUAGAACUUUCCAUUCGUUAUAUAGGUCACAUGACACAUAUUUCCCGUGAAUAUCAAAGGAAUUUACUAUGAAAGUUACUCAUAUGGAACGCUGUCAACAAGCAUGGCUGGGGCGGUUUUCAAUUUUGAUACCAGUUCGGACGAAGCGGAUUUAGAAGGUUUUACAGCCGACGAUGUUGCGAGAGCCAUUCAAAGGGGAGAAGAUAAUGAAGAUGCUUUAUCGGACAUCAGUUUUAGCGAUUCUUCUUCUUCUGAAAGCGAAAGUUCGUCGAGAAGCAGUGACGAUGACGACGAGAUUUUACCGUGGUCAGAAAAUUUGACGACGGUUUCAGUACCUGCUUUUACCGAUGCUGUGGGGCCAACAACAAUCUUGGGUGCGGAAAAAAACGAGAUGGACUUUCUUUCAUUGAUAUUUUUCCCUGCUGGCUGUUCAAACAAAUUUGUAUGCGGAACAGCAAACGGAAAAUAGGCUGAACCCUAAUUGGACGCCGACAACCGUAGAAGAAAUAAAAGCGUUUUUGGGGAUUCGUAUAUACAUGAGCAUAGUACAGCUGCCAUCAAUGGAUAUGUAUUGGUCCACAGACUAUAUGUUUGGGAAUUUAUUUAUUCCCAACAUCAUGCCAAGGGACAGAUUUGAUAAACUGUUACAGUAUUUUCAUGCGAAUGAUUCUACUAAAAACCAACCCCGCGACAAUCCUCGACACGACCGCCUUCACCACAAACGUCCAAUCAUGGAUAUUGUAAAGAAAAAAUGUGUUGACGAAUAUCAGCCUCAUCAAAACACCAGCGUUGAUGAGGCUUUGAUUGCAUUCCGGGGCCGCCUGGGGUUUCGGCAAUACCUACCUGCCAAACCUACAAAAUACGGGGUCAAGGUGUGGAUGAGUGCCGACUCUGAAAAUGGGUUCGCAAAUGAGUUUGACGUCUACACGGGGAAAAAGGGAGAUGAAACCAAUGCCAGAUAUGGAUUGACAACACGAGUGGUACUAAAUUUGACAAGAAGCAUUGCGAACAAAAAUCACAUUGUGAACUUGGACAAUUAUUUUACAAGCUUCCAGCUAUUUGAAAUCUUGAAAAGACAGAGUACAUAUGCACGGGGUACAGCACAAUCAAACCGAAAGGAAUUCCCAGCUAGGCUUCUUCACCCCAAGUGUGUAAAAAAUCAAGGGGAUGUCAAAAUUGUUCAGAGGGGGAAGAUGGUGGCUUAUGCCUGGAAGAAAAAGGAAGUGAUCUACUUUCUGUCAACAGCAGAUGACCCAACAGAAGUUGGGGCUCAAGUACCGGGGCGCCAGAAAGAUGGGACACAGCGACAGGUGCAAAGCCCCAGUGUUGUGUAGCGGUACAACCUGAAGAUGAAUGGUGUUGACAAGGCUGAUCGGACAAGGACAGAGUACCCCACAUACAGGAUGUGUAAGAGGUGGUGGACGUACAUUUUCCACUUUCUCCUGGACUUGUCUAUUGCCAACGCCUUCAUUCUUAUGAAGGAAUCCGCUAACCACCACUUGACGACAAAGACAGGCAGAGAUAAGGACAGGUCUCUUCUAUCCUUUUGAAUGAAUCUUGCAAAACUUUUGCUUGGAACAUUCAGAGCAACAAGAAAGAGGAGGCGUGUGUCAAAUCUUGAUCCAAAUGGAGUUGGACAUUGGCCAAAGGAGUGUGCUAAAAGAGGGAGAUGUCGUCAAUGUUCUAAAGACAAAAAUCGAUCUGAUGGAAGUGGGAGUGUUCUGCCUGUGGGGCUCACCUGUGUGUGGUUUGUUUUGAACCAUAGUGCAUAAAAUUUUGAGUGGAAAAACACUCAUUUGUGGUUGAAAAUAAGUUGUAUAUAAGUUAUAAACAAGAAUACAGUGACAAAACAUUUGUGAAAA